GAGCGGUGGCAUUCGGACGCCGGUGGCGACGUCCUCGGUUGCCUGUGUCGCGCUCCACAACAUCACGGCAACAUGAAUACCUCCGAACGAGAGACGGUUCUCCGCAACUGCACGCCGCCAGCUAUCGACGACUUCCCCGCGGGCGUGUUCACGGAGCUCCAACGACAACAUGGCGCCAUAGUGCUGCACGCGCUGAUCUCCCUCUAUCUCUUCAUAGCCCUUGCCGUCGUCUGUGACAAGUUCUUCGUGCCCGCCGUCGAUAGGAUAUGUCAUGCAUUGAACAUGACAAACGACGUAGCAGGCGCUACCUUCAUGGCCGCCGCCACGUCAGCCCCGGAGCUGUUCGUGAACGUAAUCGGGACCUUCAUCACCGAAGGAGAUAUCGGGGUCGGCACCAUAGUGGGCUCAGCCGUCUUCAACAUCCUCGCCGUCGCGGCUUGUUGCGGCAUCGGCGCUGGGAUGGUGGUACCCCUGGAUUGGUGGCCUUUGACCAGGGACUGUCUAGCGUACGGAAUCACGGUCUCGAUACUUAUUUGCAUUAUGCACGAUGAAUACGUGCAGUGGUAUGAAGCAUUUUUGUUGGUCCUUCUUUACGGAGUUUACAUUUGCAUCAUGUAUUAUGACAAAUCUAUUCAAAAUUUUGCAAGAGGUAGUUGGAAGUGGUUUCAUAACAUGUUCAAUAAAACAAAUGAAAAAAAUUCCGAUAAUGACGUCAAAGAUGUGAAAUGUAUUUCUACUGGCGGAAAGAAUGAAUCACUACCAGAUCACCACCAACAUAACGGCAAUCUUAAGAUUCCCAUGACUCCACAUUCAGCGAUCACUGAAAAAGACACAGAUUUAGUGUUUCCGCAUAUUGACAAAUUAGUUAUAGCUACUAGUGAAGACUCUAGUAAAAAUAUUGAAGAUACUGACUCCAAAACUAUCGACAUGGAAAUUGUAACACCGGAGGAAAUUGCUGACAAUGCCAAUACUGAAGAGGCUGAUAAAGAAACUGUUGAUGAGUAUGAACAUUCACUAUGGAAAUGGCCAUCCGGGCGAAGUUGUUUGACUAAGACAACUUGGAUAGUAACAUGGCCUAUACAUCUGGUAUUUUUAUUCACAAUACCGGAUUGUGAAAAGCCGCGAUUUAAAAAUUGGUUUCCGCUUACUUUCAUCAUGUGCAUCGUCUGGAUAGGAUCUCUUUCUUAUGUUGUAGCAUGGAUGAUUACUAUAAUUGGUGAUACGUUAAUGAUACCAGAUUCUGUAAUGGGUAUAACUUUCUUGGCUGCUGGCACCUCAGUACCCGAAGCAGUUUCAAGCGUGAUUGUUGCGAAACAAGGGCACGGUUCAAUGGGCAUCAGUAAUUCUAUUGGAUCCAACACUUUUGACAUACUUCUGUGUCUGGGUCUGCCCUGGCUGAUCAAGGCGUCGCUGACACCUGCGGAACCGGGCCACUACUGGGUGAAGAUAAAUUCCAUGGGUUUGGAGUACUCCGCAAUAUCCCUGCUUUCGACCCUGCUGUUGUUGUACUUGACGUUUUGGUUCAAUAAGUUCAAACUGGACGCAGCGGUGGGUCGCGCUUGCCUGGCGAUGUACGCCAUGUUUCUGGUGCUGGCAACGCUUAUAGAACUCAACGUGUUCUUCCCAGUGAACAUGCGCACGUGCAAGAGAACGGAACUCAAAUCUUAGACCAGUGGUUGGACUUGUAAGACAUGAACUGUGUAACCGGCGAGCCGUGGUACCACCACGUGUGUUACUAAUAGAUAAGUGGGUUUGAGCUAUUCGACCAAUUAUCUUUUACGUACUUUUUUGUAUGACUGUUUGUCUUUCAAAGUGUCCGAUACAACUAUAUUCCAUAGAAUCAACAAAUUCAGGAAUUUAUAAUUUAAGAAAACGUGGAAUAAGAUCUAUGUAGAUUAUUACUUUAGUUAAUGUGACAAUUAAACUCGAUUGAUCACAUUUCUUAAAAUCAUAUUUUACUUUUUUAUUGUUAAGAUUUAUUGAUUAUUUUAAAUUAGUAUUUCAGUAUUAAAACAAACGUAAGUUUUAAAAUAUUCUCACCAAAGAUAUCUACUAUUUUUAUAAUUUUACACAUUUGGAAUUCUCUAAAUA